GAUCACACUUGCUCGCAUGAAUCUCUGCAGACAGCGGCUACGUGGCUGCGAGCCUGUGUUCAGUCUCAUACACAAUGUAAUGCCCUUGAAUACAGCGAAUCGUGGUAUCCAACGCGUCUCUUGUAUCUAGAUGAAUCCGAUGGGAACAAAGAUUAUGUCCGUCUCAUACGCACAGCAGAGCAGCGGCCUGAUGGACCUUAUGCUACUUUGAGUCAUCGCUGGGGUAAUGCGAGGCCUUUGCAGCUUACAUAUUCAAUGGCAUCCGACCCCAAUCACCAAUUCUCAAUGGCUAGCAUGCCGAAGACGUUUAGAGAAGCCAUACAAGCGUCCAGAAGACUGGGGAUUCAGUACUUGUGGAUCGAUUCUCUAUGCAUUAUCCAAGAGGGCGACGAUCGCCGCGACUGGUAUCAUGAAGCAGGGCUGAUGAACAAGGUAUACAUGCAUUCCUACAUCAACAUCUCAGCAGCAGAUGCCGAGGACAGCACAAAGGGUCUUUUCCGAAGCCGUCUUCCGCUACUUGUGGGUCGUCACCGCGUUACGGUCAAGACAAACACCCUCGGGCCAGACGCAGAGCUUGUUGACUGUCUAAUGACGGACUUCCUGCUCUGGCGACGCACAAUGGAAACUUCUCCACUGAACAACCGCGGCUGGAUUUUCCAGGAACGCUAUCUUGCUCCGCGGGUCCUUUACUUCUGCCGGAAUCAGCUUUUUUGGGAGUGCAAAGUGCACACGGUAUGUGAGACUUUUCCCACGGGGCUUCCAAGUAUAGGUUGGAACUUUGGCAAUGUAUCCGUCAAGACGUGGGAACGGCAACAUGGUAUUAUGCCACCAGGUGUCCGCGACGAUUCCUGGAUACGCUUCUGGGACCAAUCUAUCGUGUUCCUGUAUUCACGCAUGGACUUGACGGUUCCAACCGACAGGCUGAUUGCCCUCUCAGGCAUAGCCAAAUACUUCAUGGCUCGUGUUCAGGAUACAUAUGUUGCUGGCAUGUGGCGCAGGCGUCUGGAAGAAUCCCUACUCUGGUUUGUCGACCCAGGAAGCCCGGAGCCACGCACAAGGCCGCGUCCGACGCCAUACCGCUCUCCGUCUUGGUCGUGGGCAUCGGUGGAUGGGACUAUCAUGCCCAUCUGGCAUUCCAAAGGCCGAGAAGGUAUAAUACAUGUCGAGGAUGUGGUACUGUCCUACGCGACUGACGAUACGUUGGGCGCAGUUAGCGGUGGAUGGCUAGACCUACGCGGCUCUCUCAAACCAAUGAGGCUGUAUGAAGAUGAGGAGUGG